AUGUCCGAUCGUUUGGGGCAAAUAACCAAGGGCAAGGAUGGGAAAAGCAAGUAUUCGACUCUCAGCCUGUUUGAUAAGUAUAAAGGAAAAUCAGUAGACGCGGUCAGAUCCUCAGUUAUUCCUCGACAUGGCUUACAGAGUCUCGGGAAAGUUGCCACAGCCCGGCGUAUGCCGCCACCUGCAAACCUGCCAAGCUUGAAGUCUGAAAACAGAGGAAACGACCCCAACAUCGUUAUAGUUCCCAAGGACGGAACGGGAUGGGCAAACAAGCAGGAUCAGCAAGACCCAAAGAGUUCCAGUGCGACGGGCUCUCAGCCGCCGGAGUCGCUGCCGCAGCCGGGUUUGCAGAGGCCUGUCUCCAGCUUACAGAAGCCGACACAGUCGAGCAGCCAGGAGAACACAAAUUCAGUGCCAGGUGGACCAAAGUCAUGGGCACAGCUGAAUGGAAAGCCAGCAGGACACGAAGGUGGUUUAAGGGGCUCAAGCCGACUGUUAUCCUUCUCUCCCGAGGAAUUUCCGACGCUGAAAGCAGCUGGAGGGCAGGACAAGGCUGGCAAAGAAAGGGGCGUCUUAGAUCUGUCGUAUGGGCCAGGACCAAGCCUCCGCCCUCAGAAUGUGACAAGCUGGAGGGAGGGCGGUGGGCGAAACAUAAUUUCUGCCACGUCUCUGAGCGCCUCCCCGACUGAGCUGGGCAGCAGGAACUCGAGUGCGGGAGACGGAGCCCCCUCCUCGGCAUGCACCAGCGAUUCUAAGGACCCCUCUCUCCGCCCGGCUCAGCCUGUCCGCAAAGGGGCUUCACAGUUCAUGGGAAAUGUAUACCACCCACCUACAUACCAUGACAUGCUUCCUGCUUUUAUGUGUUCGCCACAGUCAUCAGAGAACCAGGGUACCGUGGAACGAGGACCUUUCCCCCUCCCCCAGCUCCGUCUUGAGCCCCGUGUCCCUUUUAGACAGUUCCAGAUGAAUGACCAAGAUGGCUGGGCCAGGAUGACCUCCGACUGGAGGAAGCCCCCCCCACCCCUCGCCCCGUGUGUGGCGCUCUUGGUGCUCUUGGCGCUGCUGAGUCUUGGCUUUGCCCGUUCUCCCUGGCCCUCCCCGGUUACAGGUCUUCAUGAGGAAGUGGACUACUCCGAGAAACUGAAGUUCAGUGAUGAUGAAGAGGAGGAGGAAGUUGGGAAGGACGGCAGGCCCAAGUGGAACAGUUGGGACCCCCGACGGCAGCGGCAGUUGUCAAUGAGCUCCGCGGACAGUGCUGAUGCUAAGCGUCCCCAAGAGGAAGGAAAGGACUGGGGUGAAGCCGUGGGUGUGGCCCGUGUUGUCCGCAAAGUGCCAGAACCUCAGCCACCUUCUAGGAAGCUUCACAGCUGGGCAUCUGGCCCAGACUACCAGAAGUCCUCGCUGGGCAGCGUGUUCCGGCAACAGUCUGUCGAGGACAAAGAGGACAAGCCACCUCCACGGCAGAAGUUUGUGCAGUCAGAGAUGUCCGAGGCCGUGGAACGAGCCCGAAAGCGCCGGGAGGAGGAGGAGCGCCGAGCACGGGAGGAGAGGCUGGCUGCCUGUGCCGCCAAGCUCAAGCAGCUGGACCAGAAGCGUAAGCAGGCUCAGAAGGCGGGCGAGGCCCCGAAACCGGCAGAGAAGGAAGUGCCCCGAUCUCCAGGCACCGAGAAGGUGCCCCCACAGGAGAAUGGCCCUGCUGUCCGCAAAGGCUCCCCUGAGUUUCCUGCCCAGGGAACCCCCAACACGUUUUCAGAAGAAGCCCCCGCGGCUCCUCCAGCUGUGGCUCAGAGUGGCGGCAGUGAGGAGGGCGCCAGGGAGGCUGGGUCCCCUGCACAGGAGUUCAGCAAGUACCAGAAGUCUCUUCCUCCCAGAUUCCAGCGCCAGCAACAGCAGCAACAGCAGGAGCAGCUAUAUAAGAUGCAGCACUGGCAGCCCGUGUACCCCCCACCUUCCCACCCACAGCGCACUUUCUACCCCCACCACCCCCAAAUGCUGGGCUUCGAUCCCAGGUGGAUGAUGAUGCCUUCCUACAUGGACCCACGGAUCCCGCCCACUCGGGCCCCAGUGGAUUUCUACCCGUCCGCCCUCCAUCCCUCGGGACUGAUGAAACCCAUGAUGCCCCAAGACUCCCUCGGUGGGACUGGCUGUCGCUCUGAGGACCAGAACUGCGUGCCCCCGCUGCAAGAGAGGAAAGUGGCCGCCCUCGAUCCGGCCCCCGUGUGGAGCCCAGAGGGCUACGUGGCGUUGCAGAGCAAAGGCUACUCGCUUCCGCAGCCGAAAUCAAACGACGCUUUGGCCGUGGACAUGCACGUCAGAGGAUCCCCAGCUGCUACGCCUCCAGGUGGCCCGCUGAGGCCACCAGCAGCCCCCGCGUUCUUCACUCUGGACUCCAGGGGCCGCCGACCAAUCCAUGGCCCAGCAGCUCUGAGACGCUUCAUUGAGGUCCUGACCAAGAAGCAGCGCCGUCUGCUGGAAGAAGAGAGGAGGAAGAAGGAGCAGGCCGUGCAGGUGCCUGUCAAGGGUCGAGGUCUUUCCUCCCGUAUUCCUCCUCGGUUUGCUAAAAAGCAGAACAACUUGUGCCUGGAGCAGGGUGAUGUGACCGUGCCUGGCAGCAGCCUGGGCACGGAGAUCUGGGAGAGCAGCGGCCAGGCCCUGCCCGUCCAGGCCCCGGCCAGCGACUCCUGGACUAAAGCCGCAACUGCCUUCAACAGCGCCGAGCCUGGCUCCGCCGAGCAGGGUUUUAAGAGCAGCCAGGGGGAUAGCGGCGUUGACCUGAGCGCCGAGUCUCGGGAGUCGUCUGCAACAUCCUCCCAGCGCAGCUCCCCGUAUGGCACUCUGAAGCCGGAGGACAUGAACGGGCCUGGCCUGGAGCCCAAGGCUGACGGCCACAAGGAGCAGGCCCAGAAGCAGCCCGAGCCAAAGGACUCAGAUCAAGGCUCAGGACAGAGCAAGGAGCACAGACCGGGACCCAUUGGCAAUGAGCGCUCUCUGAAAAACAGGAAGGGCUCAGAGGGGGCUGAGCGGCUGCAGGGAGCCGUCGUCCCGCCCGUUAACGGGGUGGAGAUUCACGUGGACUCUGUGCUGCCGGUGCCGCCCAUUGAAUUUGGAGUCAAUCCAAAAGACUCGGAUUUCAGCUUGCCACCUGGCUCUGCCUCUGGUCCUGCAGGGAAUCCGGUCGUCAAACUUCAGGACGCCUUGGCCAGUAACGCUGGGUUAACACAAAGUAUUCCCAUCCUCCGGCGUGAUCAUCACAUCCAGAGGGCCAUCGGCCUCUCCCAAAUGUCCUUCCCCACCGCCGACCUCACCCUGAAGAUGGAGUCCGCACGCAAGGCUUGGGAAAAUUCACCCAGUUUGCCAGAGCAGAGCUCCCCGGGAGGCGCGGGCUCGGGAAUCCAGCCCCCGUCCUCUGUGGGCGCCUCCAACGGCGUCAGCUACAGCUCGUUCGGCGGAGUUUCCAUGCCGCCCAUGCCCGUGGCCUCCGUAGCACCCUCUGCUUCUCUUCCAGGCAGCCACUUGCCACCUCUGUACCUGGACGGCCACGUGUUUGCAGGUCAGCCUCGGCUGGUUCCUCAGACGAUACCUCAGCAGCAGAGUUACCAGCAGGCUGCCGCUGCCCAGCAGAUCCCGAUUUCCCUUCACACGUCUCUGCAGGCUCAGGCCCAGCUUGGACUGAGGGGCGGGCUCCCCGUCUCCCAGUCUCAGGAGAUCUUCAGCUCCUUACAGCCCUUCAGAUCUCAGGUGUACAUGCACCCCAGCCUGUCACCGCCCAGCACCAUGAUCCUCUCUGGAGGCACGGCCCUGAAGCCUCCCUACUCGGCCUUCCCAGGCAUGCAGCCCUUGGAGAUGGUGAAGCCCCAGUCCGGCUCCCCCUACCAGCCCAUGAGCGGAAACCAAGCCCUGGUCUACGAGGGCCAGCUCGGCCAGGCUGCUGGCCUGGGUGCCUCGCAGCUGUUGGACUCCCAGCUUCCACAGCUGACGAUGCCGCUGCCUGGCUCCCAGCUGCCUCUGCCUCGGUACGGCUCCGGGCAGCAGCCCCUGAUUCUGCCACAGUCCAUCCAGCUGCCACAGGGGCAGAGCCUCUCCGUCGGGGCUCCCCGACGAAUCCUUCCACCUGGGUCCCAGCCUUCGGUCCUUAACACCAGCAGAGAGUCCUCUCAGAUGGAGAUGAAGGGCUUCCACUUUGCCGACAGUAAACAGAAUGUUCCUUCAGGAGGCUCCGUGCCAUCGCCGCAGACUUACAGGCCUAGCUCUGCUAGCCCCAGUGGGAAGCCCUCUGGAUCAGCAGUUAACAUGGGCUCUGUGCAGGGACACUACGUUCAACAGGCCAAACAACGAGUGGAUGAAAAACCCAGCUUGGGAGCUGUGAAACUCCAGGAGGCCCCCUCGGCCGCCUCCCAGAUGAAGAGAACCGGAGCAAUCAAGCCUCGGGCGGUCAAAGUGGAGGAGAGCAAGGCCUGA